AAUGCGCACACAUUCCAAAUUCAAAAUGCGUUUGCGUUGGGUCUACCUGGUCUUUCUGGUGCUGCUGCUGGAUCAACUGGCUGCGGCAGCGCGCCGUAACCGUGCUGGCAAUAGGAUAAGGUCGCGGACUACAGCUGCUGCUGCCCGCGCCAGUAGCCAAGUCCAGCCACGCAUCGUUUCAGGCAGCACGAGGCGCACGACGACGGCAACCAGGUCCAACGCUUCCGUGAGGCGUUCCCGGCCACGGUCGCGCAUCGUAAACAGCAGCUCGAAGCGCGCCAAGAGGAGAGCCAACCGGCAGAGAUCAGCAAAUAAACGCACAACUAAUCGCAGCAAUAAAACCUCCGCUCGCAUCGUCGGCGGCGUCCAGGCACGCAUCGUGGGCGGCUCCACGACCUCGAUUAGCUCCAUGCCAUAUCUGGUGCAAGUGCAUCGUGACAGCGCGCUGUGCGGCGGCUCGCUAAUCCGAGAUCAAUGGGUGCUGACUGCCGCCCACUGCGUUUCCGGCCAUGCCGCAUCGUCAUUCUAUGUGAUCGGCGGCACAUCCACGCAGAACGGCACGGACGGAGUGGUACGCACUGUUACCUAUGCCAGCGUGGCGCCCAAGUUCACCACCAAAUCCAUGAACAUGGAUGCGGCGCUGCUGAAGCUGAAUGCGACCAUGACGGGCACAAACAUUGGAACGAUUGCGUUGGGCCAGCGCAUGCCCAGGCCGGGCACUCGGGUGCGAAUUGGCGGCUGGGGCGUCACCAAGGAGGGCGGCGAUUCGGUCACAAAUUUGAGAUCUGUGCAGCUCAAGGUCGUCAAGCAGAAGGUGUGUCAAAAUGCAUACCAAGGAUCGGCCACAAUUACCAACUACAUGUUCUGUGCCCAGGCCAAGAACAAGGAUUCCUGCAGCGGCGACUCUGGCGGCGGCGCCGUCCAAAACAAUCGACUAAUGGGCAUUGUGUCCUUUGGCAUGGGCUGCGCCAGAGCUGGCUACCCCGGAGUCUACACCAGAGUGGGCAGGAUCCGCAGAUGGAUAAACAAUACAAUUGCUAACAAUUGA